GUUACUCGGCGGAUUAGGCAUGGUAAAACUAGCAGCCGCGAGACAAAUCCUGGGCGAGGUCACGUACGCCGCCUUGUUCGUUACCAGCGAGGAGGGAAACCACCAAGAGACGCCAACUCAAAGAAUCGCCUUGUGCUCUCCUCCGCCUCCUCCCCGUUGCUUGCCUUGCUCCCCCUACCCCUCGAUCUCUUCCCCUGGCCCCACCACCCGUACCGCGACGCAAUGGCCGCCUCCUCCCCUAUAUAACCCGCGUCUCCUCCAUCCCUCACCUCGCCUCUGCUCCCUCCAGCGUUCGUCCAGUUCGUCUACCUCGUUGCCACAGCCAUUGUCAUCUGUCGAAGCUUUACUGGUAGUGCGCGUUCUAGGGGCGGUCGCCGUACGGGAGGCGGUGGCAAUGGUGGACGUGGACCGCCGGAUGGCCGGCCUGUCCCCGGCGGCGCACGCGGCGGGGCUGCGGCGGCUGUCCACGCGCGCCGCCGCGGGGCCCUCGUCGGCGUCGGCCUCGCCGCGCCACGGGCUCCACUCGUUCCACGCGCUGGCGGGCGCGGUGCUGUCGCACCUCAGGGCGUCCGGGGUGGCCGUGCUCCCGGGGCUGUCCGACGCGGAGCUGGCGCGCGCCGAGGCCGAGAUGGGGUUCGCGUUCCCGCCCGACCUGCGCGCGGUGCUCGCCAUGGGCCUCCCGUCGGGUCCCGGGUUCCCGGACUGGCGGACGCGCGCCGGGCUCCGGUCGGCGUUCGACCUGCCCAUCGCGGCGGCGUCGCUGCAGAUCGCGCGUGGCGCGCUGUGGCCGCGGUGCUGGGGGCCGAGGCCCGCCGACCCCGACAGGGCGCUCCGGCUCGCGCGCUCCUCCAUCCGCCGCGCGCCGCUGCUUGUGCCGCUCUUCGACCGCUGCUUCCUGCCCUGCCGCCCCUGCCUCGCCGGGAACCCCAUCUUCUUCGUCACCGACGACCGGGUGCUCUGCUGUGGCCUCGACAUCCUACACUUCUUCACGCGAGACUCCUCGUUCCAGCCGCUCGACCUCCGCCCCCCCUCGUCGUCGUCGUCGGUCGCCCCGUCCUCCGGCGAGGCGACGCCGUACAUGCGCCGCAGCCUCGACGCGGCUUGCGGCGGGAAAGCCCCACGCUGGAUCGAGUUCUGGAGCGACGCCGCGUCCGACCGGCGCCGCCGUGACUCGUCCUCCUCGGAGGCCUCGACCGCGUCGUCGUCAUCCGGGUGCGCGUCGCCGCCGGCGAGGAGAUCGAGGACCCCGCACUGGGUCGACACCUACCUGGACAGGCUCGGGUCAGUCCUCAAGAGCGGCGGGUGGAGGGACACGGAGGUGAAUGAGAUGGUCGAGGUGACGGCCUCCGGUCUGUUCGACGGCGAGGAGGCGCCGGCGGUGGACGCCGACGCGGUGCUCGACGCGCUCCUCCUGAAGGCCGACAGGUGCUCGGACUCGCUCCGCCGUGCCGGGUGGAGCUCCGAGGACGUGUCCGACGCGCUGGGGCUCGACCUCCGGCGAUGCAAGGAGCGGCCGCGGCCCGCCGUUCAGCUACCGCCGGAGAUCGCCGUCAAGGUGGAGCGGCUCGCGAAGUCGGUAGCUAGGCGGUGACCUCAUCGCCGCCGCCGGAGCCAUCGGCCAUCACUAGCACUAGCAAGCAUGCCGUUUUCCUUUAGAAAAAGUUACUUUCUUUUUUUUUCCUUAACUUUUUCACUAUACAAGGAAAGAAUACAUGUACUUUUAAUCAAGUAAAUAAAAAUUAACCCCGUGACCGUGAUCAUCUGAA